AUGACCAGCGGAACCCCAUCUUCCGCUUUCGAGCACGACCCACUUCCCGACUCUACCACGCAUUUCCGCCUACUACACAUUCUGUGUGGUGACUUUGGCCAACACGUCGAAUGCGAGAUAUCCUCAUGGCUGAUUGACGAUGCAGCGUCGUACUACGCGAUAUCGUAUACCUGGGGCGACCCAGCCGAGACGACCGAAAUCACUGUCAACGGCAAGCCGCUGGUUGUACGUCGGAACUGUGAAUACGUUCUUCAACAAGCUUUUGCGACGAAAGCCAGUCGGUAUUACUGGGUCGACGCCAUCUGUAUCGAUCAGACCAACAUACAGGAAAGGAGUCAUCAAGUCGGCAUCAUGGGCGACAUCUACUCAGAGGCGAGACACGUAUUUGCUUGUGUCGGGCCACACGCAGAUGACAGCAAAUACUUGAUGGCAACUAUUGAUCGGCAGCGGCCCAUUCUCGAGACGAUUAACGAAUGGGGCCAAUCGGUUGUAGGGUAUAAUUUUACCCAAGAGAAUUAUUUCCCUGCGCUCAAUCCAAUCUACGGGCAUAUGCGCCAGCAGUUGCGAUGUCUUUUUACUAUACAUACUUCGGAACGAUUACGAAUCGGCGAAGCGUUCAUCUCAUAUAUACAGAGGCCUUAUUUCACACGCGUGUGGGUCUUACAAGAGCUGCAUCUAGCCACUAGAAUGUCUUACUGUUGUGGGGCGGACGUACAGCCAGGCGAGUGUUUCCGAGCACUAGACUCACUUGUCGACUACUGGAUCAACCGUCACGAAGCACAUUUCCAAGGGAAAUUGAAAAGAUACCAAAAAUGGAUUUUACGCAGAUGUGUUCUCACCGACAGGCCCUCGAAGAAACUGUGGCGAGUGCUACAGCGCUCUUAUUCAACAAUAGAGAAGUCCAGGAGUUGUUUGCGACUCGGUGUAUCAACGCAAAAGCAAGGUCUCGAUGGAAUGUUAGCGGUGCUUCAUAACUUUCAUUGCGUGGACACCCGAGAUAAUCUAUAUGGCAUCCUGUCCCUUAUUAGGUGGCCGCAGGGACAGGGGCCAACCCCGGAUUACACAAAAGAUAACUUCGAAGUUGCUAAGCACGUUCUCGGCCUUUGGUUUUGGCAGCGCAUCUCUAAGUCCUUUACAAACCUGUGUUCUCGACUGUUCAAACUCUUCCACAUCAGUUUAGAACUAGCAUCUUUACGCCACGCCAUCGCGUUACGUUCGCGCGUCAUUCCUCAAGCGGACCUUCGAAUACAAGGAAACCGUACUUCCCAGAGCGCCAAUGCGCCAACGCAUUGGAGUGGUGUACAAAUCAGCGAUGAAAUUCCCAUGUGUGAGUCCAUCGGCGACCGAAGGCAGCCUAGGCCAAACUCAUGCUACAUGGAGCGAGAGCGGGAUGGGUGCUUUGUUCGGGUACGGAUAAGCUCAACAGCUACUGUGUGCGCGCCUGUAAACACGAAAGUGGGCGACUGGUGUCUAGUUGCAAUUGGUCACCCUAAUCUUGAAGAUGGCUGUAAGUUGAUACUUAGGGAGUCGAAAGAUGGUGGAUACUUCUUGGUCGGACCAGCAUUAACAAACAAUCGGGACCAUCAUCGAGAUGUUGGGCUCGGAAACGACUCAAGAUUGGUGAGAUCUUUCGUAGGGUACUUGGAUCCCGAGGACAUGAUGGUCCUGGCCUGGACGCUGGAUCAAUUCGCGGACAAGGAAGAGGCUUCCGAUAAAGAAAUCGAGAAGUUCCUUGUGUAUGCGACAUGGCGUCGUGCUGCUGUCGCAAGCUGCCAAAGUCAAUGAUGUUUGACAUUGUUCCAAGUUAGUGUUUGGCGGCUUGUUGUUGCAGCCGGGAUCCCCACAUAACGUCGCCCAUGUGGAAACGACUCCGCG